CCGCGCAGGCGCGCAGGUCGCCCCGGCCCCGGAGCAUAAACAAGAGUGGGGCCGGGAUGAGGCGACGGUUGAUCCCGGAGCAGCGAGUGGCGGCGAGCGGGACCCGGCACAGACCCUGAGCGCAGCUCGAGCCGUCCCCCGCGCGUGCGGGCGCGCGCCUGCUUGGCCACCGCUCGGGCCGACCCGCCGCGCGCGCAGCCAUGAACCUCGCGAGUCAGAGCGGCGAGGCUGGCGCCAGCCAGCUACUCUUCGCCAACUUCAACCAGGACAACACAGAAGUGAAAAACAGAGCAGGAGCAGCGGUUCGCAGACAUCUCCAUUUUGACUGGUCCCUAGCUGUUGGUAGUAAGUCCGGUUAUAAAUUUUUCUCCCUUUCUUCUGUGGAUAAGCUGGAACAGAUCUAUGAAUGCACUGACACUGAAGAUGUGUGCAUUGUAGAAAGACUCUUCUCCAGCAGCUUAGUGGCCAUCGUUAGCCUCAAAGCUCCCAGGAAGCUGAAGGUUUGCCAUUUUAAGAAGGGGACUGAGAUCUGUAACUAUAGCUACUCCAACACAAUCCUAGCUGUAAAGCUGAACAGGCAGAGGCUCAUUGUGUGCCUGGAAGAGUCUCUCUACAUACACAACAUUCGGGACAUGAAGGUACUGCACACCAUCAGGGAGACCCCCCCCAACCCUGCAGGCUUGUGUGCGCUGUCAAUAAAUAAUGACAACUGCUACUUGGCAUACCCAGGGAGUGCCACCAUCGGAGAGGUGCAGGUCUUCGACACCAUUAACUUGAGAGCUGCAAACAUGAUCCCAGCUCACGACAGUCCCUUAGCAGCCCUGGCUUUUGAUGCAAGUGGAACCAAACUUGCCACUGCUUCUGAGAAGGGGACCGUGAUUAGGGUAUUUUCCAUUCCAGAGGGACAAAAGCUUUUUGAGUUCCGGAGAGGAGUAAAGAGGUGUGUGAGCAUCUGCUCGCUGGCCUUCAGUAUGGACGGUAUGUUCCUCUCCGCGUCUAGCAACACUGAGACGGUGCACAUCUUCAAGCUCGAGACUGUGAAAGAAAAACCGCCUGAGGAGCCCACCACCUGGACUGGCUACUUUGGGAAGGUACUCAUGGCAUCUACCAGCUACCUGCCCUCACAAGUGACAGAGAUGUUCAACCAGGGCAGAGCCUUUGCCACCGUCCGCCUGCCCUUCUGUGGCCACAAGAACAUCUGCUCCUUAACUACAAUUCAGAAGAUCCCCCGGUUACUGGUAGGCGCUUCCGACGGCUACUUGUACAUGUACAACCUGGACCCCCAAGAAGGCGGCGAGUGCGCCCUGAUGAGACAGCACAGGCUGGAUGGCAGUAUGGAGACAACCAGUGAGAUCGUAGACUCUGCCUCCCACGACUGCCCUUUAGUGACACAGACCUACGGCGCGGCGAAAGGUGCUUAUACGCCCUCUUCCCCCACGAGGCUUGGUAAGGGGCAGGACGCAAACCUGGAAGCCUACACGGACGACCUAGGGGCCGUGGGCGGUGUGUGCCUGGAGGAUGAGGCCAGCGCCCUGCGCCUGGACGAGGACAGUGAGCACCCUCCCAUGAUCCUGAGGACUGACUGAGCUUCACCUCGAGCUGACCCUGGGAGCAGAGAGCAGGCCUGAUGGGGACUCUGCAUUGCUGCUAUGAACUUUGACCUGAAUUGAGGGAGAGGAUGGCAGAGACUUUAAAAAAAAAAAAAAAUCAUAGUAAUAGUCUAACUCCGUACUUUCGAAAAAAUAUACCGUUUUCACUGCAGUGGCUUUUAAUCCUGCUCAUGAAUUUCAGCUCUUUGUUUUCUGUUUUGUUUUGUUUUCUCUUUUUUUCUAUUUUCUUUCUUUUUUCCUUUUGCCAAAGUUAACUGUUUGGCGAAGCCUAAAGUCUCCUUGCUUUGCAUGCGUGAUGUGCCAAGCCAGCACCCAGGAGCUGGCCGCCUGCGCAGCAGAGCUCGGUCCUCUGGCUUCCCUGUCUGUAUGUAGCGAUGGCACAGGAAGCGUGCCACACGCUGGUUUGGUUGUCAAAGCUGUUUCUGCUGGGUGCUGGCGCACGUCAGCCUUGGGCAGGAGUUCUCUUGCCCUGAAGCCCCACCUGGACCAUUUUCCCUCCACUUUAUUUUGUUAAUUAAAUUCUUUCCAAAUUGGA